GGUGACGCCAUCAUCGCGCGACACCUCUCUGCGCUGCUUGUUUUCUAGUACGCAGUUCGUCGCGAUGUGUAUUUAAUGGAAAUUUCCACUUUAUCAGCAUCACCAGAACCAGUCAUUCGACUAAAAUUGUUUUGAAAUGUCACUCUUUGAACAAAAUCUGAAACACCAGAGAGGAUCAAUAGAGUCACAGUCGUGUGUUUGAACGGAAUUGUCUGCGUUCGUACACGUUCCAACUUUGAACGGGAUCAGCGAGUCAUCAGAGAGGUUUUAUUAUCAUAAACAAUCAUAAUCGUCAUCUGAAAUAAUCGAUAUAUUAUCUGUGAUGGAGUAUCACAGCGUGGGACCCGGAGGAGUGAUGGUUGCUGGUAACAAUGUACCUGCUUUUCUAACAAAACUCUGGACCCUGGUAGAGGAUCCGGACACAGACCCGUUAAUCUGCUGGAGUCCUAACGGAACCAGCUUCCAUGUGUUUGAUCAGGGCCGGUUCUCUAAAGAUGUUCUUCCAAAAUACUUCAAGCACAAUAAUAUGGCCAGUUUUGUUCGCCAGCUCAAUAUGUAUGGUUUCCGCAAAGUGGUCCACAUCGAGCAGGGCGGGCUGGUCAAACCAGAGAAAGACGACACAGAAUUCCAGCAUCCAUAUUUUAUCCGUGGACAGGAGCACCUGCUGGAGAAUAUCAAGAGGAAGGUUACAACUGUGUCCAACAUUAAGCAGGAGGAUCUGAAGAUCAGCUCUGACAACGUGUCUAAAAUGAUCACAGAUUUCCAGCUCAUGAAGGGCAAGCAGGAGUCCAUGGAUUCCAGAAUCAGCGCCCUCAAACAUGAGAAUGAAUCUCUAUGGAGGGAGGUUGCGUCUCUGAGACAGAAACACUCUCAGCAGCAGAAAGUCGUCAAUAAGCUCAUCCAGUUUCUCAUCACACUGGCUCGAUCCAACCGAGUCCUGGGAGUCAAACGAAAGAUACCUCUCAUGUUGAAUGACAGCAGUUCCACACACUCUCUGCCCAAAUACGCCAGACAGUAUUCACUGGAGUCUUCUCCUUCUCUCUCUCCCUCCUCUACAGCUUUCACAGGGACGGGGGUGUUCGCCUCAGAAACCUCUGUGAAUACAGGGCCCAUCAUCUCUGACAUCACCGAACUGGCACAGUCCAACUCCGUGGCCAAUGAGGACUGGAUCGAAGACAGAACAAGCCCGGUGGUCCACAUCAAGGAGGAGCCGUCUAGCCCCACCCACAGUCCUGAGGUAGAGGAGGUGUGUCCGGUGGAAGUGGAAGUGGAGGCGGCGUCGAGCAUACCCGUGUACAGGCCCAUUUCCCCAAUGACCUUCAUCAACUCCAUCCUUCAGGAGAGCGAGCCCGUCACGUCCCAGAGUCCGCCCCACGCCGAGCAGAAGUGCCUGAGCGUGGCCUGCUUGGACAAUUAUCCUCAGAUGUCUGAGAUCUGUCGUCUUUUCUCCAGCUUCCCCACAACAUCUCUUCACAUCAGACCGCCUCCCGGGUCUGAACUCAGCGAUCAUCUGGAGAGCAUCGACUACGGCCUGGAGAACCUGCAGCACAUCCUAAACGCUCAGUCUAUUAAUUUUGACGGCUCGCCCUUGUUUGAUAUAUUCGCAUCAUCCGCUGCUGAAGUGGAUCUUGACAGCUUGGCUAGUAUCCAGGACCUGCUGUCUCCUGAUCCGGUGAAAGAAUCUGAGUCCACUUCAGAUUCAUGUGAUUCGGGCAAGCAGUUGGUCCAGUAUACGGCUCAGCCCGUGAUCCUCCCCGACCCCGUCACCACCACAGACACCAGCGGGAAUGAUCUGCCCAUUCUUCUGGAGCUGGAGGGCGACACCUAUUUUGAGCCCGAACCCACCGAAGACCCCACCAUCUCCCUUCUGAACUUCUCCACGUCCCCCGCACCUCAAGACCCCAAACUAUAAUCCAGCGAGCGCCUCUCUAAAGGGAUUCAUGUCCGUGUGGGGGGGUUUCUCCAAAUUGUAUUCUCUGCGUUAUAUAUUUUUUGGUCACGUAACACUGAGGAGGAUAGCCAUGUUAAUAGCACUCUGUUUUAUUUCACUUUUAGUUGGGGGAUGUUUUUAAAGCAAUAGAGAAAAUUCAGUAUUCCUGUCUUAGAAUCGACACGCCGAUGAGAAGGUUUGAAUCGUUUCCUCUGUAAUGAUGCUAGACGGACAGAUGUGUGUGUGUGUGUUUAUAUUUGAGCGGAUCGGGAUGUUUUUGAACAGGAGAGCGCUGCUGACCUUAAAAAACCAGGUUGAUUGACAUUUGGGUUGUGUAAAACGUCCCGACUUAAUAAAGAUUUGUUAUUAUUAUGUAGUUACCUUACGGCCACACCAGACGGUUGACGCCCGGCGCUCUCCUUGACGACUGCCAAGUUUUUAAUUCAUGGAUAUUUUAUUUGCAGUGUACAUUGCUAAGUAAUGCUGGAUGUAUCAUCUCAUGGAUAUUGAGAUCCAAGCAAAAAUAAAACAUGUAAAUACAAAUAAAUGUAAAAAAACGAGACGGCAGUUGUGUUGACUCGUUCAGUCACAGAUUUAACAGACAAACACACCUUCUUGAAACACAAAACGCGCCUGGAAUAAACAUUUCACAUGACUGAAAUACACAACAGAUGUCAUAUUUAAUGGCAGAUGGGUUAUUUUUGGUUUGUUUUCUUUGAAUUAGUAUAAUGUCACCCAUCAGCCAUGUUUCUGAUAACAAAUGGAUUUAAAGAUUUGUGCAAUAGUUCACAUCCUAACCGGCUCUUGAGAGCAACACAACGCUUGCUUUAAUGCUUCUUCGUGUGCUCUGUUAAAGAACGUGUGAAUCCGAUACUAAAAUACCAAAAUUGAACUCAUAUUUCUUGGCCUAGAGACUAUAUUUUUGGAUGGCUGUUGCGGGACGGGAACCGGGAGAAUGUCAAAUGUUGGCCAUUCUGAUGUUUAUCGGUCAUUGGGUGACCGUCAUAGCCAGAGAGACAUUAAUAUUAGACAUAAAUUAUUUUAUUACGCAUGUGAACGACAUUUUGUGUACUGGUAUGUUUCAAAUAAAAGGAUUUUGAAAGUA